UGUAUAUAAAGAGCCUCGCCUCAUGACCAGGAGACACAAGUACCCAUCUCAUCUUCCUCUCAAUCUCUUUGGUGGAGUACGAUCAAGUGACAUAUUAUGUAUACGUUAAAGGCCCUAAUACUGGUCGCGAUAUGUGCGACGGCAACCUGGGGAGCUCCCCAACGAGGCGGUGGAGGUGGUGGUGGUGCUGACAAAGACGCUGUCAUCACGUCGCAGACACUGGAAGUGAAUUUUGACGGGAAUUACGUAAACAACUUUGAGACGAGCAAUGGGAUAAGCCACCAGGAGACUGGACAGCCCAAGCAGAUCGAGGGUGAAACGCCGGUGGUGUCACAGGGCUCGGACACCUACACAAACCCAGAGGGUCAGCAGAUCAAUUUAGUGUGGACUGCUGAUGAGAAUGGAUUCCAGGCAUCUGGUGCCCAUCUUCCAACAGCACCACCUAUUCCCAAGGAGAUUCAGGCCGCUCUUGAGUAUAAUGCUGCACACCCUGAGGAAGACGAUGGCGGCCAGCCCAACAGACCACCACAGAGAGGUUAAUCAGCUCCGGCGACACCUAAACUAAUCGAUCGUGUUGACCUUACCAAAAGAAUAAGCCGGCCUGUGUUAUAUGGAUAAAAUCGACCUGACCCGCACCUUAAAAAUCCAACGAUUUUGUUAAUUGAAUAAAAGAAAAGAAUGAAUAUCGCAAUGGAGCGACAGAUUUUCAACAUGAAAACUGGAAAAAUUUCUGAGGCUUUUCGAAUGCCAAUAGAUUUGGGGGAUUGGAGGGGCUUCGGCGAGGAGAGGGUGAGACUUCUCCUCGGGGAAACCGCCGAGAAUCGCCAUUUGUCGCUUUGUGAUUUCUUAUAUUUUUAAUAUAUUACCUGAUAUCUAUAUAUAACAUAUUUUUGUGUAAAUAAAGUAUCUCAACGAUGAAAA